AUGGUUAAAUGCGGGCCAUAUCUCAACCCCGUUGAGCAGAGGACGCAGAGUGUCUCCUCCGCACGGGGGAACGUGUACGACUUCAUUAUGCGGCGGCAGAACCACUCCUGCGAGCAGUGCAGAAAGGCCAAGAAGGCUUGUGAUGGAUACCUGGUGAAUAGCAGCCGUGCGUCCUUUCUCGAUGCUACGGCGAGAGCCCAAAGUGGUGGCACAGACUCCAAUUCGGCCAUUCUUCCGUGCUCAUACUGCGCAAGGACUAAAAAGCCAUGCAGCUUCAACUAUCUCUGGUCGCAGCCCUGGGUCUUCCCUGGUGCCUCCAAACGCAUUGCGCGAUCGUCAAGUUUAGCGGGAGUUACUGGCACGGCAGAUAUUUUGCUGUCGACGGCAAGGUCCGUGGUACCCAGCUUGCAAUCAAGCUCAGACUCAGAUGCCACCCCAGAGUCCAACUAUCAUUGUGACGUGCUCUGCCCAAGCUCGACAGGCGACCCCGUAGUUCACCCGUCGGUGACACCUGUUUGUUUCUCGGGAGCAUCCGCGGAUUCAUUUCUGUCUGACCAACCGGCUUGUUUCUUCACAGGUCUCACCGACCACGGUUGCAGUUCCAAAGAGUACCAUGACGGCGACUAUUUUGCCGCAUGCGGGGAAAUUACCACCCUGAACGAUUCAGCCGAAGCCUCAGAGUCAAUAUUCGAUGAUCUUCAGCCUCCUACAUGGGAGCUGGCACGAAACGACGCUACCUGGACACAAUCACACGUUUUCUCCCACCCAGAUGCCCGUCAUGGCGGCAUGAAGAAGAGGAAGCGUCGCGAUAGUCGUGACUAUGACUACCACUCGAGACGUUCCACAUCCACGGACUCGUUCAGCAACGCGGAGUCUAAUUUGAGUCUCCGUUCGAACAACAUUUUGAUCACAGAAGGAUUGCUUCGCAUUUACAAUGAUGUGUUGGAAAAUAACUUGUGCUGCUGGCUCGCGGAAUCUACUUGUCCAUACAAGAUGGAGCAACCUCGACUCAGAGUGGAUGGUAUAAACGACGUGCGUCCGAUGCAAUGCGCUGUAACCGAAUCUAUUUGGCAAAACCGGAUUCUCCAUCGCGUCAUACAACUUGACAGAGUGGCGCAAUCAGCAAAUAUGAUCCAUCUCACCAGAUCUGAGAAUGCUUCCGUUUCUAGAGCACUCAACCUGACCAUCAUGGCCUAUGCAACUCAGUGGGCACAGGGCAAGCGACGGCAUGCAAGGCACUCAUGGGACGCAUCAGAGUUUACUGAAGACUUGGCUGCGGAUAUUGAAGAUGAAUUUGCAGACACCUUUGAGCAGACACUUCAACAAACCCUUUGGGAACGGGCACACCGAGCCUUGAAGGAGAUAUCUGACGUGGAGUCGUACCGUGCCGUAUUUGCUCAACUAAUAUUUGGACUCACGAAUAAGCCCUGGUGCAGCAAAGACUACGAUACCGUGGAUGAUAUCAGGGCUCGUGGGUCGGUUUCUGGUGAAGCAGGUGGCAACAGAACUUCAAUUCUUGCGCAGCUCAAGCAACUCAUUUCUCAGGAAGGACCACCAAUCGUGAUGGAGAAUGCGGCGCGCAAAAUACAUACUCUGAAGAGCCGAUUCGAAGGAUAUGAAAUAGGCUACAGCUGCGUAUCAAGUAACACAGAUGCCCACCCAGGUGCGGUCGCAAUGAACUCUGACAACAGGCGCACUAUAGGGCUCCUGUAUUGGCUGGCCGUCAUGUUUGACACCGUUUCGUCGUCCAUGGAUGGGCGACCCAACGCUUUGUGCGACGAGGAUUGCCAAAGUGACGAAAUUCGGACGCGUCAGCAAGACACGGAGCUUCAUGGUGCUCCCUCAAACCUCUCUUAUCAUUGGAAACUCGACUACUUCGCCAGGGACGUAGUUGAGCCCAAACGUUUGCAAUGGCCCUGCGCCUAUGAAGUUGCUGCCGAUGCUGUCAUACGAUCUGCGCCUGUCAAAGUGCUCUUGUUUCGACACGUCUCAUAUCUACAAAGCGCCUUGAGAAGGCAAGCUCCAUUUGGCCAAAUUGAACCCCUGCUGCAGGCGGCAACUCAAACCUACAGCUAUUGGAACACAACAUUUGGUCCAUUUUUCAAGGACCUGGUUGAGCACUACGACUCCGUACCUCCCAGGAUCAAAGGCUGGUUUGUAUGCAUUGCCAUUCCCUGGCUACUGGGAUCUCUGAUGCUGGCCGACCUUGUUGAAUUCAUCGACAAGAAAGGGUUACGGCGUGAGAAACGCGAUUCUGCAAUGCUUGGUCACAUCUCGGCAUCCACAAUACGCAAAGAUAGUGCCGCUGAGCUCUCCAAAAUGGCAAUCCUAACCAAGCCAGCCGCCGUCAAUGGGGAGCAGCCAUUGCUGCAACUCCCAGACUCUCAUUUCGCCGUGAAUGAGGGUACUACCUUGAGUGAGCCCUGGACGAUGGUUCUCAUUAGAGCAUUCACCAAGGCCGCAAUCUUUUAUUUAGACACUCUGGUUAAUGCAACCAAUCAACACGAGGACUGGUUUCUUCUUGGUUACCAGAGCCAAGAAGUCAAGGACAACAGUCAUCAUUGUCAAAACUGCAUCGAGGCCCUGUGGUUCCUUGGGCGGAAAGCGCAAUUGGCCAGAAAUCUCGCCCAGGUCCUGUCUCGGGCAUUUGCGUCUGUGAGCCGCGGCAGUUCUCAAGUUUGGGCAGACCCUGGGGUUGAAAAACGUGUCGAUGCAGCACCCUCCCUAAUUUUGGCAUAG